AUGUCUAACGAAGAAAUUUUUCUUUUUACUUCAGAGUCCGUUGGUGAAGGUCACCCUGAUAAAAUUGCUGACCAAGUAUCAGAUGCCAUUCAACGUAUUGGUUAUGAUGAUUCAUCUAAAGGGUUUGAUUAUAAGACUUGUAAUGUGCUUAUAGCUAUCGAACAACAAUCACCAGAUAUCGCUCAAGGUCUUGUACAGAAAGGUCAAGAGCUUGAAAACAUUGGUGCUGGUGAUCAAGGUAUAAUGUUCGGAUAUGCUACUGACGAAACCCCCGAGUUAAUGCCACUUUCCCUGGUAUUAGCUCACAAGUUAAACAAGAAAAUGGCCGAUCUCCGCAGAGAUGGAACUCUUAACUGGCUUCGACCAGAUUCCAAGACCCAAGUUACUAUACGCUAUAAGAAAGAAAAUGGUGCUUUAGUUCCUCUUGGCGUGGAUACAAUCGUAAUUUCAACACAACAUACUCCCGAAAUCACUGUUUCACAACAACAAGCUGAUUUAAAGAAAUAUGUCAUUAGUGAUGUUAUACCAGCACAAUUUCUCAAUGAUGACAUUGUUUAUCAUUUACAACCUUCUGGCAAAUUUAUUAUCGGUGGACCACAAGGUGAUGCUGGUUUAACAGGACGUAAGAUUAUUGUUGAUACGUACGGUGGUCAUGGUGCUCACGGUGGUGGUGCUUUCUCUGGCAAAGAUUGGUCUAAAGUCGAUCGUUCUGCUGCAUAUACCGCUCGCUGGAUUGCUAAAUCUCUCGUCGCAGCUAAAUUGGCACGUCGUAUAUUGGUUCAGCUUUCUUACGCUAUUGGAGUUCCUGAACCUCUCUCUAUUUAUGUUGAUACCUAUGGUACAUCAACCAAGACAAACUCGGAAAUUUUGGAUAUUAUCAAGAAUAACUUCGAUCUGAGGCCAGGUGAAAUUGUAAAACAACUUGGACUCCAUAAACCAGACGGUUGGAGCUACGAACAAACUGCCGCUUAUGGUCAUUUUGGUCGAGAAGAGUUCCCAUGGGAGAAAGUCAAGAAUUUGAACCUUUAA